AUGCUGUUUACUUUAGGACUUCUCCUCCUUCUCACCCCAUUUCCCUGCUUUCAAUCCCCGACCAAUGAGAGGAGAAACUCCACAGGAAGCGACGUGACCAAAUCCAAUGCAGUUUUCACCCUGUCAAAACCAAAAACCACUGCUGCCCUCACCAAACAGACCCUGAAGCCAAACACAGUCAAUCAAACAGUUGUAUCCACUAUAGCCACAGCAACAGUAAAGACUUCUACAGUUAGUGAAGUGAAAGCUAGCAAAGACAAGCCUGCCCCCAAUGUAGCUCCAAAUGUUAAGUCAGCAUCCACAAAGUCUGCCUCAGCCAGCGGAGCUAAAACCACCAAAGACAAACUCCAACCUUUGGUCAAUCAGACCGUUUCAAUGAAAUCACCUUCAACCAGUGAUGGGAAGACUGCCAAAGACAAGCUUACCCCCACUGUAGUUCAAAAUCAGUCAACAUCGUUAAAGGCUACUCCCGCCGGUGCUAAAACCACCAAAAAUAAGCCCACAACCCUCAUCAAUCAGACUGUUGUAGCUAAAUCUCCUUCCACCAAAGACAAGCCUGCCCUCACAGUAGAUCAAAGUACUCAGUCAACACCGGCAAAUGCAGCUGACAAAGAUAAGCUUGCUGCAAUCAAAGCUCCCAACGCUACCACUACCAAAGAAAAGCCUUCCUCUGCAAAACCAAUGAAGGUGUUCAUCAGUGAAGGCUGUGACUCAAACAAUGGCAAAGAGCUGAAGUUGAAGCCUGGCGAGCCUCUGGUGAUGACGCAUAAGAUCAGCUUGGUGCCUGGUAGCUGCAGUGGGGGAUGUGACGCUGAGAUGGCUGCGCUGCAAGGACGCGUGGCCCGACUGGAAAGAGAGAUGACUUCCAUUAAAGAGAAAUGUCCAUGUUCUGCUAAUUGUCCAAAUGGAUGUAGUGGCAAUGGAGAGUGUCAGAAGGGGAAAUGUAUCUGCCAACAGGGAUUCACCGGUCCAGACUGCAAAACUGCCAAAGGAAAGGUCAAGGUAACCAUGGGAACAAUGACCAAGCAGUCGAACAAAGACAAGGAAAACAAGAAGGAGAAAAUGAACACAGUAGAGAAUACACUUGUCCAGAAGAAAGAGCAGAAGAAGGCGUCUGACGUCAAAGAGACCACCACUAAAACCAAAGUGGCUGCUAAUUCUAAAGCAGGUGCUAAAAAAGAAUCCUCCGUUAACAAAAUCACUAUUACAAAGACAAGUGUCAAAAAGACCAGUAUCCCAACACUUGGUCAAGUUCUGUUGAAACAUGAGGGCAGAAAGCAGGAAGAGGCCCGCAAAGGCAAAACAACAUCUAAAAAGUUCCUCCAAAAACCUGACAAUAAGCUUGUUGAAGAUGGAACCAAAGAUAAAGCACAUCCUAAAACAAACCAGCUAAAAGACCAACCUCAAAUGAAUGUAACUCAGAGUAUUGUGAAGAAAUCUAAUAGCACAGCUAAAAUUGUGACCAUUCUGACCAAGGGUGUUGGAGCAAACAGAAGCAGAACAGGGAAGGAGACCAUGGAGCAGUCCACACUGGCUGAGAAGAAUGUAACUCAAUCAUCUGGACCUAAACGCACCAAGAAAGUAAAAGUAGAAACCACAAAUGUGCAAUCUGUAGACAACAGAAACACUGUCGCUGGCAAAGUUGAGAAAGAGAAAGACGUACAGAAGAGUCAGUAUCUAGUGAAUUCUACUUUGGUAUCAACCACCCAUGACUCCGCGAGGAAGGCGGGAGGAUCUGGAUUAGGCUCUGGAUUAGGCUCUGUAAAGGUCGUAAACAUAUCCUCCUACAGCUUCACUGUCACAUGGUCAGCACCACAAGGGAUGUUCAAGAACUUCACCGUGAUCAGAACAGAGCCCCGAACAGAGGGCGACGAAGAGAACCACGAGGAAAUGGAAGAAGUAGCGCUCGAAGGAGACACAGCCUCAACAGCUAAGAACACAACUGAAGUCCAGGUACAGAGUGAGAGCACCAACACAACUGCUGCCUCUGGUAAAGCAGCUGCAGCUAGUGGCAAAACUGAAACAAAGAGGAUCUCUAUGGUGGUCCCUGGCAGCGUGCGCUCUGUAGAGUUCAGUAACCUUCGGGCAAAUACAGCAUAUGUUCUUCAAGUAUAUGGCUCUGCAGCUGAGAGGAAAUCAAAGACUCAUAAAGCAACUGCAAUUACAGGGCCUGAGCCAGCCACAGAGAUGGCUUUCAGCAAUGUAACAGAUUCUUCCCUCAAUGUUUCCUGGUCCAAACCAAAGACCACAUUCUCAGGCGUCAGGGUGACGUACACCAACAUCAUCACAGGGGAGAGCCGCUUUGUGACCGUGGAGUCUCAUCAAUCUUACGUGGUUCUGUCAAAGCUGUCUGCUGGAACCUCUUACAUUAUCAUUGUAACGACUACACAAGGCAGAACACAGAGUGACAUCCUAACAUCCCUUAUGACCACAGUGCCCGCUCCUCCAACACAUCUGCAAGUUGUCAAUGUGACAGAUACCAAAGCUGUGCUGCAAUGGACACCAAGUCUGGGGAAAGUAGACCGCUUCAUCAUCAGCUACGAGUCCUCUAAAACUCCUAAUGUGACAGUGACAGUGAUGCUGUCUGGAAGCUCAGUGGAGCACCAGCUCAGAGGUCUGCAGAGAGGCACGGUGUACACAGUCAAAGUGCUGAGUCAGAAGGACAGUCUGCAGAGCAUGGCCAUCUCUACUACUUUCACCACACCUAAUCUGGUUAAAGCCAGUGAAGUGGGUACUCGCUCUGCGGUGAUAGCAUGGAGAACAUCCACUGUGGUUUAUUACAGCUACAGACUGAUCUACCAGGUGGCAGGAGAGGAGACAAAGGAGGUGAUCCUGGAUCAAUCCACCACAGAGUAUAAGCUGACAGGGUUGUUGCCAAUGUCACGCUACAUUGUUCUGGUACAAGGCGAGAGAGAAGGACAAUACACAUCUGUUGUCACUACAGAAUUCAUCACAGGCAAGCUGCGUUUCCCCUUCCCUACCGAGUGCUCUCAGGAGCUGCUCAAUGGAGCUCUGCAGUCAGGAGAGGUGGAUAUCUACCCAGAUGGAAAAGAGGGAGGAGCAGUCAGAGUCUACUGUGACAUGGAGACUGAUGGCGGCGGCUGGACGGUUUUCCAGAGGAGGAUGAAUGGAAAAACUGAUUUCUACAGAACAUGGAAUGAAUACAGCGCUGGUUUUGGAAACCUCAGCGAAGACUUCUGGCUCGGAAAUGAGCUCCUUCACAACCUGACCAGUAUUGGCCCUGUGAGUCUGAGAGUGGAUUUGCAAUCUGGAAAUGACACCGCUUACGCUCACUACGCCAACUUCACCAUUGAUUCAGCCGAGAGGCACUACACUCUUGCAGUGUCUGGCUACACUGGAACUGCAGGUGACUCCAUGAGGUACCAUAAUGGACGUCCAUUCUCAACCCGCGACAAGGACACUGAUCCUCUGGGGAUCCACUGUGCCAGGGCCUACAUGGGAGGCUGGUGGUACAAGAACUGCUACAAGACCAACCUCAACGGUCUUCACGGCAUCAAUAGUAAUAAUCAGGGAGUGGUCUGGAUAGACUGGAAAGGUAAAGACUCUUCCAUUGCCUUCACUGAGAUGAAGUUCAGACCGGCCAGGUUCUCUCCUGCCACCCAUGGCUAAGGACAGUCUCAAUACAUCUGACAGAGAAUAAAAGGUUCAGAAAUCCAGAAGACAGUGGAUCUCACAGUUGCUGCAUGUCACUUUCCAACUGAAAUUGCAUGUACAGUGGUUUCGAUAGCUUUAACGACAGCUAUCAGUACAUUUGAUUCAAUUUCCAAACCUUUUUUUAUGAUCUGUUAUUUUCUGGAAAUACACCAAAAGAGAGGGAAAUGUUUUAUUUUAAAUGUUGUAUCCUCUGUUCUGCCUGACCAUUCCAUCUCAACAGUGUAUUGAGUAAUACCUUCUUGAGCACCACCACAGUAUGCCACCCCACUACUACUGUAAUUGAAUAUGCACUGUCUCACUCCAUUGGAAUAAAUGUGGCUAAUGUGGGUC